AUGGCGGAGGCAGCGGAGGAGGGCGGCGGGGGAGGGGGGACUCGCCGGCUCCGUCGACUUCUCCGGCAGCCGAGGGAGAGCGGCUACGCCGGCCAGGACCGCCCCCUGCUGAUUCCGCCUCCGGCGAGGAAGGACGGCUUCGCAUCGGCUGCUCUCCUCCGCGGGCUGGGAUGCUCAUCGGCUGCGGCGGCGCAGGCCUACGCACCGUCGUCUGCCGCCGCCGUAGUGCGGUCGUCCGCCGAUUGGCAGGCUAAGCCGGCGAGCUGCCGGAGGAAGAAAAUCAAGGCGCCGUGGAAGAAGGCGAGGGACCGGCAGCGGCAUCCUUCCUCCGCGCAUCCGAGGAGAAACUCGGCGGGGGGAACCGAACUCUGGUGCGCCCCGGGGGUCGCCUUCGCCGCCUCCGCUGACGAUUCAGUCGAUUGCGUCGUGUCUCAGCAGCCUCCGAUGUUGCCUCCGGCGGGGAGCAGAGGCGGGAGAGCCGCCGAUGGAGAUAGGAUCGCAAGAGAGGUGCGUAUAGGGAUCCGAGGCUAUGAUGCUUUCCUGUGAGGAAGGAUUAGGAUGGAUCGUCUUUCCUUUUUGCUUCGCUUGAUCGCAUUUAGUUGCAGAGGACUUGCAUCGAGAGGCGAGGAGGACGAAGGCUGGAACAGCUCUCCUCGUUCCUAAAUUCUCUUCCCGAUUCCACCGACGAGUUGCCAAAUUUUCGAUCUGAUCAGAUGCCGUCGGGACAUCGCCGCCGUCUCCCAAACUGCCGUAUCCCUCAUGGGGGCCUCGAGGAGGUACACCUCUCCUGUCUCUGUGGUUGGCAUUUAGCUCCUCUGGAUACCAGCAUUUCAGGAACUAGAUGCUGAAAUAUUAUUUAUUAUUUUUUCUGCGAAGUUUUGUCAUUUGCUUCUUGUUUGUCUUUGUUUUCUACCUAUCGGGCUUUCAGGAUUAGAACAUCUUUAUGAUCAUUUACGAUCCCUUUUUUCGGAGCUGUGGUGGCUAAAUUUUCCAAAAUAGAUGAGCAGCGUUUGAUUCAUCGAAUCUAAAUCCUUCGCAUCCAAUUUCACUUACGUGUGUUAUCAGAAGAACAUGCAGUUUUGUUCACCCUUAGGAUUUUCUCAUGAUAAACACCCUUAGAAAAAAAAUCGUCCAUAUUUUAAAAUUGUACCUGAAUUACCUUGAAUAAACACCCACCUCAUCCAUAAUUAUCUCUUCUUUCUUGCUUCUUUGGGGAAUGGAGGAAGAAACUCAUCACGCUCUUGUAAAAGCCUCAGAUAACCCACACCACGAGUGACCCAUUUAUGGAAGCAUCCCCAAUUUUUGGGCAAUGCUUCAAGUCAAAGGGGCUGCUUAAUUCGAACUAUUUGAAACGUCAAUCAACCUCGUCUUCAGAGGAAGCGACCCUCUUUUGAUGUCUUUUAUAGCAGACGCUAGGGGGCGUGGGAUUUAUCUGAGUGGUCGAUGGAUCAUAUACGUGUGUGUAAGUCUGCAAGAUGGUCGCUUUCCAUGGUCAACUUCAUCCCAAGAAAUAACCUGUGAUAGGAAGGAUAACAUCCUCUCCCUACAGAGAGAGAGAGAGAGAGAGAGAGAGAGGCUAAGGUGGGGGAAAGGGUAUUCCCUAAGUGGGUAGUAGCUGGAGGAUCCUGGCAUAGAACUGAAGAAUGUUCGUGCUAAAGACAGGCAAGUGAGCUUAGAGUCUGAUUAUCUCCUCAAAAUCCUUCAGAGAGAAUGCAAUUCAGGCGGUUUACAUUUUUUUUUUGAAAUAAUCCCCUUAAACAGCCAGUUGACAAUGGGGAGCGAACCUCUCUCUCUCUCUCUCUCUCUCUCUCUCUCUCUCUCUCUCUCUCUCUCUCUCUCUAUUCCAAAACCUGGAUCCCUGUUGUCACCAGCGUCUCUUACCCGCCUCCAUAAGUUAACUUCUAUUCAUGCAGAAUCAUGAUGCUCCAGAGUAGAUUUAAUGACCACACCAAUUUGUUUCCUCUUGAAAUAUCCUUAAAACAAGUCGGCAAUGGGUUGACUCUCUCUCUCCCUCUCUCCAGCAACAGUUUGGGCAUUUGCUGUGAAAUCUGACUUCCCUGAUGCUCCAGAGUAGAUUUAAUGACCACACCCACUUGUUUACUCUUGAAAUAUCCUUAAAAUAACAACAAGACGGCAAUGGGUUCUCUCUCUCUUAACAGUUUGACCUUUUCCUGUGGCAUCCGAUUCCCCUGCGUUGACUUCUUCUACCCCCUCUGCAGAUCAUGAUGCUCCAGAGCAGGCUGCUGCUGGGCGGCAUGGACAUCUACGAUCAGUACCAGGACCUCCGGCUCGACGUGGAUAACAUGUCCUACGAGGUCCUCACUCUCUCUUUCUCUCUCUCUUUCUCUCUCUCUCCUCUCACUAACCAACCUACCCACAGGAACUGCUGGAGCUGGGAGACAAGAUCGGCUAUGUGAGCACCGGACUGAGGGAGGAAGAGAUCUUCCAGUGCCUGAGGAAAACGAGGCAGUCGGUCUUCGGCGGCCCCCCGGUGGGGCCCAACCACAGGGCAGUGGAGAAGACCUGCAGCAUCUGCCAGGUGGGACCCCAUGUCCCUGCCACCUCUCCUUCUCCAAUUACCCCCCGCCUGGUCUUUCUCUAAUAAUAAUCUCAUCCGUGUUUUUUUUUCCCAGGAGGAAUACGAAGCUGGCGACGAGCUGGGGAAGCUGCCCUGCGGCCACUGCUACCACAUGCUGUGCAUAAGGCAGUGGCUCCUCCACAAGAACGCCUGCCCCGUUUGUAAGUCAGCUGCUUCCACAGGUUGA